UACCAACAACUUUACUCAUCAUAUAUAUAUAUAAAUAAUCGAAUUUAAUAAUAAGUAAUAAGUAGUAACAAUGAGUCCAAUUUGGAGGAGGCUAUAAUAGCGUGGAAAACAUUGGAUAUAUCCUAACACAUCAAACACAGAUCGAUGGAUAGGAAAAAGAAUGAUUUAUUAUGUUACAUUAAUUUUGAAGAAAGUGGCGACUCUGAUGAAGUUGAUAUGGAUAGAUCAGUGAAUGAUGAUGAUGAUGAUAAUGACGAUGCUCUGUCUUGCAGCUACGACGGAUCUGAUCAUAUUAAUGAUGCUGAUUUGAUGAAUGAUGAGAAGAAAUCUGUUAAUUAUGGAAGAUCGUAUUGUGAAGAAGAUGAAGAAGAGAAUGAGAUAGAACAACAGAAAUCGUAUGUAUCUUAUGAUUCAGGACAUGAGUCGAUGGAUGAGAUGGAAAAGAAUAGGCAGUUCUGGGAAGCUUGCUUGGCAUCUUAAUUAGCCUUCUCUCCUCUAUCCCUAGAUCACUCACUUUUCCUGUUCACCAUUUUCUUUUUAAUAGUAAAACACAAUUUCAGUUGAUAACAAUAUUGAUAUUUACUGUUGAGUUAGAGAAAACUUUUAAUUAGUUUA